AUGUCCAUCGUGAAAGAUGAUAGCUUUUCUCUAAUUUCCACACAAUCUAAUAAAGAUGGUAUAGUUUUUAAAAAUUAUCAUUUUGGAAUGAAACGAAUAAAUAAGAAUGGUACUCAAGUGUGGAUAUGUACACAUAAAUUGUGCAAUGCUGCAAUCAACAUAUGCAAUGGUUCAAUUGUAAAAACUUCUUCUAUUAAGCCAGAUGGAAGUCAUGAAUUUGAACAUCAACCAAAAAUGUCUUUAGAUAUAUAUGAAUGUAUUAAAUCCAUCAAACGUCGAAUUGAAGAAGAGCCCACAGCAGCAGUUAGCUUAUUAUAUGAUCAACAAGUUAAAAAAUUUAGACGUGAAAAUGGUACUGCUGCUUCAAUUCCGGUAUUCGAUCGCGUGAAAUCGUCUUUAUAUGAAUAUCGGUCAUCCAAACAACCACCGGUUCCUAAAGCAUUAUCAUCGAUUGAUAUACCUUAUCGACUUACUCGCACUUUGUUGGACCAAAAUUUUCUACUUUGCAAUAAUCAACUUGUAUCUGUAGUUGGUUUUGCUUCAUCUAUUGGUAUUAAACUUCUCGGUGAUAAUGCACAUUGGAAUGCAGACGGUACAUUCCGAACUGCACCUAAACUAUUCUACCAAAGCUACAGUAUUCAUGUAUGGGAUAACUUCAGCAUGAAGCCAGUGAUAUAUGCUGCAUUACCCAACAAGAAUACCAAUACGUAUGAUACUUUUUUGAAUGAAUUAAUUGUUUAUGCUCAAAUUAAUGGUAUUUCACUUACUCCAAAGUCAAUUCUCAUUGACUUUGAAAUGGCAGCACAUCAGGCUUUUUCGAAAAACUUUCCAACGGCAAAAAUAAAGGGGUGCCAAUUUCAUUUUGGUCAAAAUAUUUGGCGACAAAUAAAAAAAAAAGGUUUAAUUUCUUGA